GUCGCAUGAGCUUUGUUAUCGCGUUACCAAGAUGGCGUCCCAGCAGCAACAGCAGGCUGUCGGUCAAAUGUCUCAAGCUGGUUUACAACAAACUGCAUCAACGCAGCAGCAGCUGCAAGACUUUGAUCCAGUUCACAGAUUUAAGAUGCUUAUCCCGCAGCUGAAGGAGAGUUUACAGAAUCUAAUGAAGAUUGCAGCGAUGAAUUUGGCCCAUAACACGUCCAUUGAUAACGGCAUUAAAAGCAGCGACACUCCAGUCCAGCGCUUUGACAAAAGCCUAGAGGAGUUUUACGCCCUUUGCGACCAAGUAGAACUGUGUUUGCGUCUGGCGCACGAGUGCCUCUCUCAGAGCAUCGACAGCGCCAAACAUUCCCCCAAUUUGGUCCCCACCGCCACCAAGCCGGACACGGUGCAGACAGAGUCCAUGUCUUACGCCCAGUACCUCAGCAUGAUCAAGUCUCAGAUCUCCUGUGCCAAAGACAUCCACAAUGCUUUACUGGAGUGCUCCAAGAAGAUCGCAGGAAAGGGACAGCCCCAGGUUAUCAUUUAGACCCCGGACUGAAUAUUCUCAUUCUUUUUUUUUUUUUUUUUUUUUUUUAUGUAUGUCACAACAAGAAGAUGCAAAUCCAUCAUUGUUCACGUUUUUUAUUUUUUAUUUUAUUUUUGUUGGUUUUGUUAAUGCUGUGUAAAUAUUCCUGACAGUUGCGCUUUGUAUGACCAGCAGGAGGCGACAAAGUAGCGCUACCUAUUUUGUAACAUAUUUCUAUUGACUAUUAAAACUUUUCUGGAGUGUUUUUUACACGUUUAUCUGGUCAUCUGUUAAAGCAAAAGCAG